UCAACUUAUUUUGGAGACAUGCCACAGUACUGAGUACGCAUUAUUCUGGGAGUACAUGAACGCAGCAGAGGCACGUAACUAAAACGCGCAUGCGCAGAACCGGACUCAAUUGGGCGAGCUGGCGCCAAACGCAGUGUGUCUCACACUUACUUUCCACUUCAGAAUGGACUUUUAAACGGACGCUCUUUCCCACACUUGUAAAUGUGUGACGGUGAAUCCGCAGCCUCGACAAGUUCCCACAAAGUACGUCCUUUGUAGCGCGUCCGUGAACGCAGCAGCUGAUCCAGGAGCGACACUCAAGAUGCCUUCACUGACCGUCAAUGGAGUGACGGUGAAUUUCCCCUUUGCUCCGUACGACUGUCAGAAGGACUACAUGGGCAAAGUGAUUGAGUGUCUUCAGAAGAAGAAAAAUGGGGUUCUGGAGAGUCCCACAGGCACUGGUAAAACUCUGUGCCUGUUGUGUGCCACCCUGGCCUGGAGAGAGCACUUCAAGGACACCAUCUCUGCCCGCAAGAUAGCAGAGAAGUUACAAGGGCAGGAGAUGUUCUCCAACACACCCAUGUCCUCCUGGGGGACGGCUGCUACGGACGGGGCCACGCCAGUCUACUAUACAGAUGUUCCCAAGAUCAUAUACGCUUCCAGGACUCACUCUCAGCUGGCGCAGGUCAUCGGUGAGCUGAAGAACACGUCGUACAGUCCAAAGGUGUGUGUGCUGGGAUCAAGGGAGCAGCUGUGUAUCAACAAGGAAGUGAUGCGGCAGGAGAGCAACCACGUCAAGGUCCAUAUGUGCAGAGGAAUGGUUUCCACCAGGUCAUGUGUCUACUACACUAACGUUGAAGAGCACACGACCGACAGAGAUCUGGUGAACUCCAUCCUUGAUGUGGAAGACUUGGUCAAAUUCGGUACCAAGCAGAGGGUCUGUCCUUACUACCUGUCCCGGUCCUUGAAGCAGCAAGCAGAUGUGAUCUUCAUGCCUUACAACUACCUGCUGGAUCCAAAGAGCCGCAGAGCUCACAACAUCGAGCUCAACGGAGCUGUGAUCAUCUUUGAUGAAGCUCACAAUGUGGAGAAGACUUGUGAAGAAUCCACUUCGUUUGACCUCACUCCUUACGAUGUGGCCUCAGCCAUCAGCGCUGUGGACAAGCUGCUGCUGGAGCAGGCUAAAGAAGCCACUGUCUCUGAGGACCUCAAUGUGGAGAACCUCAGCUCUGGUUUAAAAAUAAAUAUAGAAAGCAUCGGUAAGAUCAAACAGAUUCUUCUGCAUCUGGAGGCUGUCAUCGAUUCCUACGAUGUUCCAAGUGACAAAGGCUUCACCAAAGCUGGCAUCUUCAUCUAUGAACUAUUGGAGCGAGCCCAACUGACCUACCACAGCAAGACGGCUGUGUAUGAAGCUCUGGAGGAGAUCAUUGGACACCUAACAGGACAGCCGGGAAUAUUCCUGAACACUAGUGGACUGCAGAAGCUGGCCGAUAUCAUACAGCUGGUGUUUGUUGGUGAACCUUCAGAGAAGCAAACGCAGCAGCAGCUGAUGGAGUCAAAUACGGCUCAUUUUAAGGUUCAUAUCCACCGAGAGAAGAGCUUUCAUAAGAAACCACAAAGCACUGAUGUAUGGUCUUCAUCUUCAUCAAAGAAACAAGGGAACAUCCUGAGCUACUGGUGCUUCUCUCCAGGCUUCAGCAUGCAGGACCUGAAGAGCCAAGGUGUGCGCUGCAUCAUCCUGACCAGCGGAACGCUCUCUCCCCUCUCCUCAUUCACCUGUGAGAUGAGGAUCCCGUUUCCUGUCAGUCUGGAGAACGGCCAUGUGAUUGAGCGGGACCAGAUCUUUGUUGGCAUCAUUGAACGAGGUCCAGAUGGCGUGCACCUGAGUUCAGCGUUUGAUCGCAGAUUCCUUCCUGAAAACAUGGCGUCUUUAGGCAACACUGUGGCUAACCUCAGCCGUGUUGUUCCUGAUGGGCUUUUAGUGUUUUUUCCCUCCUUCCCUUUAAUGGAAAAAACCCUGGACUUCUGGAGAACCAACGGGCAUGCAGAGCGCAUUGAAAGUGUGAAGCCCAUGUUCGUUGAGCCUAAAGGAAAAGGCACCUUUAACGAGGUGAUUGAUGGAUAUUACCAAAAGGUCAAUGACCCAACAUCCAAGGGGGGGACAUUCUUUGCUGUGUGUCGAGGCAAGGCGAGCGAAGGUCUGGACUUUGCAGACACCUUUGGUCGAGGCGUCAUCAUCACCGGCCUUCCGUUCCCUCCAAAGAUGGACCCCCGAGUCGUCUUGAAGAUGCAGUUUUUGGAUGAGAUGAGUCGGAAGAAAACUCCGGGGGUGAAGUACCUGUCUGGACAGGAGUGGUACAAACAGCAGGCUUUCAGAGCGGUGAACCAGGCCAUCGGUAGAGUCAUUCGGCACAAGGACGACUAUGGAGCCAUCUUACUGUGUGAUCAAAGGUUUAAAGGCUCCAGUGCGAGGGCCCAGCUCCCAUCGUGGGUCCGGCCUUACGUGCGUCUUUAUGAAAGCUUCGGGAACGUGAUCCGGGACGUCUCUCAGUUCUUCAGGGUGGCAAACAAACUGAGGCCUGUGGCAGAGAAGACGUCUGCAGCACGCCGCCAGGAGACAAUCUGCUCCCCAGACACACCGUCCCCUGCCUUCCCUUCCUGCUCAUCCUCCCAAAGCAGCUGCACCCAGAAGGCCAAGCAGCUGGACGCCCACCUCCCCAGCCUGAAGAGGAGGAGGCUCAAUGAACACUCUGUAGCCAAUGGAAUGGCCAGGAUCUGCAUCGAGUACGAGUCUGAGGUGCAGGAGAGUCCGAGGAGACCAGCCAACCUGCUGGAUGCUCUGGAGCAUGGGCCCCACCGCGAGGGGGGGGACCCUGAUGCUGCCGCUGGAGUAGAGAAGGCAAACCAUUUGUCCACGCUGUCCCUUCAAUGUGACAAGAGGAUGGCUGAUGAAAUGCGGGGAGGAAAACGUAAAAUCAAACUGGUCCAGGAACAGACGCUGCGUGGAUCAGAAGGUGUCUCUGGGGACGGUUCCUCCAGCAGCAGGAUUAAAGGGUUCCUGGCUGAGAUGAAAAGGUCUCUGAGCCAGUUCAGCUUUGAGCGCAUCAUCCAGGCUCUGCAGACCUACAAGAAGAACGACGAGGUGGAGGCCCUGCUCGCUGAGGCCGCUGUCCUCACUGAGGACGCCAAUACCCACCACCUGCUGCGAGGCCUCUACCAGUUUGUCCGCCCACAUCACAAGAAGAGGUUUGAUGAGCGAUGUCAACAGCUGACUGGGCAGGGCUGUGGGUACAAACCCGACCACGCUCUGUCUGUGGAAGAGAAGAAAGCCCUGAUGCUGCAGAGCGCUGCAGUGGGUCCGACCUCCUCCACCUGCAGUCAGCUGAAUACACAGCAGCUCAACAAAGGAGGGGGGCACCUACACCAGCAGGGGCCGAGGGCACCUGAGACAGCUGCAGUGGGUCCGACCUCCUCCACCUGCAGUCAGCUGAAUACACAGCAGCUCAACAAAGGAGGGGGGCACCUACACCAGCAGGGGCCGAGGGCACCUGAGACAGCUGCAGUGGGUCCGACCUCCUCCACCUGCAGUCAGCUGAAUACACAGCAGCUCAACAAAGGAGGGGGGCACCUACACCAGCAGGGGCCGAGGGCACCUGAGACAGGUUUUGCUUCAAAGAGGGACGUCCCUGCUGCCUUUCUGGCUGAUGUGAAGAAAGCAAUUGGAGAAGAGAAAUCCACUCUGCUCUUUCAGGCCAUUCAGAGCUACAAGAAGACAGACAAUUAUGAAGAGCUGGUGAGCACAGUAGUGAGCAUAUUCACGGAGAGAGAUGAGGACUUCAACCUUCUUAUCAGGUUUUGCAUGUUUAUUCCCACUCGCCAUAAGAAGCGCUACAAAGAGAUGUUGGAUGCUUUAAAAGGUCAGUCCAUCUCUGCUGCAGACGUUCCUGCCUCGAGUGAAGACCUGCAAAGCUCAGCGUCGUCAUCACCGCCUUUCAAGACUCAAAGCAAGACUUCCAGUUUUUUCUCCGGCAGCCAAAGGAAGUAGAAGUAGUAGAAGUAGAAUCUGAGAUAAAGGAAAAUGGUGUUUGUAUUUCAAGUAGCUCAAAACUAUUCCUCCAUACACACCUAUGAAAUGCUUAAUCUUGCUGAGCUUCUGUUAAUGAGGCCAGCUGCCCAUGCGUUAUUGUUGUAUUCAAGUCAAUGUAUUAUGGAAAAGUAUGUUUUUAAUUUUAUGAUUUUAUAUUUAUUCAGCUAAUUAAAUUCCUGAAAGCAUAUUUUCCUCACUGACUCCAUACUGUCGCGGGUCAUUUCUGAGUAUUUGAGCUUCGAUGGAAGGUAUUUAAUCAAUAAUUCCAGACAUUGACUCAUGUGUGUGUGUCUCUGGCUCCACUCGUACUGAAGAUGUGGCAUUUUCACUUUACCAAUUAAGAGUUUUAAAGUAGCCAAACGGGCAAAUGACUCAAUAUUUGAGGUACUUGAGUAUUCUCAAUAAUUCCAAACAAUGAAUGAUUGUGUUUAGGAUCUCUCUGACCACUUUUAUACCAAAAAUAAAAUAUCUUUUCUGUACCAAUUCUGAGUUUUCCAAAAUAAAAGUCCUACAUUUGUAUGUUCAAAAAACUUUAUGAAUUUCUAAUAUCAAAUUAGUUUUUUCUGUGUUCACUUGUUUUAGGACCUCUCAUCAAGUCAAAUGUGUUACAUGUGGCAAUAGAUGGCUUCUUAUUCUCUGACUCUUAUACUGAAAAUGAUAUAAUUUUUACAUCUACCCAAUUUGA